CUCUUUUUAGGGCGUGAGUGUUUUGUAUAUUAACAUACAGUUUGAUCUGUUAGAGGCAGAGUAUAACACAACGGCUCAUUAUUUGCAAAAGAGAACGGGCGCGCGCAUCGCGCUUGCGCCAAGUUCAUCAUCCUUCGCCUUUUGUGAAAAUCCUCGCGUCAAUGUGCAACAAUCCGUCAGUCUUCCUCUUCAGUGUUAAUACGCUUUAACAUCCUUCAGACAAGGUCGUGGACUUGUGCCUGUCACCAUGAAAAACAAUCCAACAGUAGGGUAGGUCGUGGAAACAAUACUCCUUCCCCACAAAGAGGUUGGGAAGAGAUCAGACGUGGACACUUUACAUCGCAAUCAUUUAUUGUUCACAGAUGGGAUGGAUAGUUGGCACGUGUUAUUUGUAGUGUGUAACACCAGGCGCGGGACUGAUGACAACGGGCCACGCGAUAAAUGAUUCGGUCGGCUUUCCUUAACUGCAAGUGCGCGUGAAUGUUUCGCCAACAGCGCACGAGACGAGCUCGCGCCAGACGCGCGAAACUAAAUUCAGCGAGGAACAGCAAUGAUUUCUUCAGAAUGACUGAUUUUUCCUCGGGGAUCAAACGACAAAACGAACAUUAACAGCACUCGGAAUAACGUUUGUAACUAAACAUUAUGUUAAUAUCAAACGGUAUUAAACACGCUCCGAGGUCUCGUGAAGUCUUCAGCGCUUACAAGACGGAGGCAGCGAUCCGACAACGGUCGACUCCUUUGGCGAUCAAAAAACGGGGACCUUUUGUUUGACCGGGGCAUCCUUCUCCUUAAAGUCAUCAUCACAGACUCGCAUAGCGAGUCUGUGAGCUGUGCAGUGUGGGACGCUGUCUGCCACACUGUCAUCAGACGUCAUGAGCUGGAGCUUCCUAACACGUCUGCUGGAGGAGAUCCAGCACCACUCCACGUCGGUGGGGAAACUCUGGCUCACCGCGCUAGUCGUCUUCCGCAUCGUACUGACUGCAGUGGGCGGCGAGUCCAUAUACUACGAUGAGCAGAGCAAGUUCGUCUGCAACUCGGGCCAGCCGGGAUGCGAGAACGUCUGCUACGAUGCCUUCGCCCCACUUUCGCACGUGCGAUUCUGGGUCUUCCAGAUCAUUCUGUCCGCCAUGCCCUCUCUGCUUUACAUGGGAUACGCAGCUAAUAAGAUCUCCCAUAACGAGGACUCGCGGGCUCGAGCAAGAGCUGCAGAUUCCGGAUACACCCAGCGGAGGCCAAGGAAGAUGUGUUUUGGGGCACGACAGCAUUCUGCGGGACACGAGGAUGGGGAGGAGGAACGGGAGGAUGAUCCUAUGAUCUACGAAGUGCCUGAGAUGGACAACACGCAGAGAGACUUGGUCCCACCGAGACCCAAACCGAAAGUACGUCAUGACGGUCGGCGCCGUAUCCGUGACGACGGGCUCAUGCGAGUGUACGUGCUGCAGCUGCUGACACGUUCGGCGCUAGAGGCUGGCUUUUUGGCAGGACAGUACCUGCUUUAUGGGUUUCGCGUGGAACCCGUCUUCGUGUGCUCGGAUAAGCCCUGCCCACACCACGUGGACUGCUUCGUCUCACGGCCUACCGAAAAGACCAUCUUCCUCCGUAUCAUGUACGGCGUCAGCUGCCUUUGCUUGAUACUCAACCUGUGGGAAAUGAUUCACCUCGGAGUGGGAACCAUCGGCGACGUCUUACGCAAACGAAACGCAGCUACGACAGAUGAUGAGUACCAACUGAGCCUCCUCGCUGGAGGGGGCGUGUCUGUCGGAGUGGGCGGGCCGGCCCUAAGUGAGGAAGAACCAGGGGUUGGGGUCGGUGGCGGUGUAAGAGAAGCAGACUAUGUUGGAUAUCCCUUCUCCUGGAACACCCCAUCUGCACCGCCAGGCUACAACAUCGUGGUAAAACCUGAGACCAUGCCAUACACAGACCUGAGCAAUGCCAAGAUGGCAUGCAAGCAAAACCGUGCCAACAUAGCGCAAGAGGAACAGCAGCAAUACGGUUCCAACGAGGACAAUUUUCCAUCAGCGGGUGAAACCCGACCGCCGCCCAUCAAUAAAGACGUCAUCCAGUUAGAGGCGGCGAUUCAAGCGUACACCUUGCAGCACCAUGCCAAUAAUAACCAUGAUGACCUGAAUGACAACCAUGACAUUGAUGAGAAGCCUCAGAGUAACAUCACUACAGCACCACAGAAGGAUCGAAAGCAGCGGACCAAGCAUGGAAAAGCUGGCAGCGCUGAAAGCAGCAGCAGUAGCAAAUCAGCAGAAGGCAAACCAUCAGUUUGGAUCUAAUGUUCAUGCACUGUUAGAAAAAAUGGUUAAAAUAUGUACCCCAGCUUUUAAUGGGCCAAAAAAGGUACAGAUAUGUAUACAUUUGGUACCAAUUUGAGAUACUUUUUGAAAGGGUACAGCUGGGGAACACAUUUUGAAAGUUUUUUCCUAAACCUAAACACUUCAGUCAGCGGGCAGUUACAUAUAUUUAAGUUCGGUUUUACGUACACUCUUUAUUCAUUUAUAUGCAUUUUUAGACUUUAAAUAUCGUGUGAAUCCAACAAAGACCACGCACACAAAUGGAAAAUAUGCUGUAUAUCUUUUUGAAAUGCUGUAAGUGCCUUAAAGAAACUCUUAAGAAUGAGACCGAUUUCUUGAUCUUCCUAACAUAAUCUCGUGCUCUAAAGAUUAUGGCUAGCUUUGGGAACAUCCCCUCCGCAAUCCAGAAAAGCUCAUUAAUAUCUGACGUUUGAAACUUUUUAGUGAAAAGAAAGUUGAGAAAGUCUUCCUAUCGGAUACCGGAGUGAUGACACUACAAUCCGAUUCCAAACCAGCCGUCUUCCUAUUUACAUUGUGGAUCGGUACCUGUUUUGCAUCACAAUGCCAUAUAACAAUGCAAAUAUAUUGGAUUUUUACAUUUGAAUACAGUGGGGGUAUGCUGGGGUAUCCAGAAUACUAACCGAUCCUUCCCAGCAAGCAUUAGCAAUCACUUUACAGUAAGGUGACCAGAUUUUUAAAAUGAAAAGCAGGGACAUUUUUUAGUUCAAUGGUCAAAAUAUCAUCAAAAUCGGGACGAAACCUUUUUGAAUGUUUUUGUCUUUUUAUCGUUGUGGGUUUGCGGAGGACAAAACAGCAAAAAAUGGGACUGUUCCUUGAAAACGGGAACAUCUGGUCACCUUACUUUACAGUAUAGGUUAACUAUACAGUAAAGCCUGGCUAUGAAUAACCCACUUAAAGCCUAAAUAAACGUUUAUUUGGGUACAUCAUGUUUUUGCCACAACAAUUUGCAAGAUUUAUGAUAAAACAUUAUCCAAGCCAAGUCAACAGCAAUUACAGCAAAGGUGUUUUGUUUCAUUUUAUUUAUUUAUUUUGGGAUAAGGUUAAAUGUCUCUUAAACGGGACAUAUCAUGAAAAAUAUGAAAAGACUUUUUCCAUGUUUAAGUGCUAUAAUUGGGUCCACAGUGCUUCUAUCAACCUAGAAAAUGUGAAAAAAAAUCAACCCAGUAACCAUUCUCUGCAAGCAUGUGAAAAAAUAGGUCAUUGAAAAUUGUCUCCCCAUGUGAUGUCAGAAGGGGAUAAUACCGCCCCUUAAUCUGCACUAUCCAAACACAGCACUGCCAUUUAGUGCAGAGAUCAACUCAUUUGCAUUUUAAAGGACACACCCAAAAAUGGCAAAUUUUUCCUCACACCUACAAAAUGGCAAUUUUAACAUGCUAUUAUAAAUGAUCUCUAUGGCAUUUUUUGAGCUAAAACUUCACAUACAUACUCUGGAGACACCAAAGAUUUAUUUGACAUCUUAAAAAAGUCUUGUGAAAUGUCCCCUUUAAAUUUAGACCAAAUGUUGUGUUUUAGCCUAGACUUCUGGGCUGUGUUUGGACAGCUAUUAGACAUCUUUUAAAUCAAAUUGCUCUGGGUUCUCUGAAAUAAGCCGAUGUAAAUCUACACUAACAAACACAUACACACACAAACAUAUAGUAUAGACUUUAUUUUACCCUAUUUGUAGCUAUAGUGCAGAAAAAAAGACAUCAAUCUAAUGUUUUUUUGGAGGUUAAGUCCGCAUUUUGAGACCCCUGUAGUUUUGAGAAGCCACUGAAACUUGUCUAUUUAGCUGAUGAAUUGUAUUGUAUUGUAAUACUAUCUCCUGCUGGUUAAAAGAAGAAUUGCACUCUGGGCAACCACCACAAGGUCUUUUCAGCCCUUUAAGUACACUGUAAAAAAGUUUAAACAACUUAAUUAUGCAAGUCAAUUCAACCUACUUUUAAAGUUUUGACUUGUGAUAACUUAGAAAAAAGUUUAACUUAAUUUGUUAAGUUAAAGUAACAUAAAAAUCUGUCGAUUUGAUAUUAUUUUUAAAGUGUGCAUUUAAAAAUGUACAGUAAUAUGCAUGUAAAGCACUUUCAUUCAAAUUGACCCAAGUCUUAAGUUUAACGUCUAUUGUUGCUUUAAAGUAUUCACGAGGACAUACAUCAGCUAUAAGUUAACACACUUGAAUCCAUAAAACAAGUCUAACUCGGAUGCAGAGCUCCGAGGUUAAGAGGAUUUACAAAAUCCAGACGCUCUCCCAAGACAUACAAUGUAGAUAUUUACCUAAACAUACACUUUCCCACGCUGCAUAAGGAGUCUUCCGGUUUCUCUCCUACUGCCACAUUCCAACGUGUGAGACUUUUGCCUUUAUGUGAGAUGUUUGAAUUGUGAAGAUUGCCAUGGAAGACCAAAUACUGUUUUUCACAAUAAAGACAUCGUGCAACUAUGCAGUCACGUCGACUGAGGAAACACGCCAUAGUACAGCGUCACGUGUGUUUGCGUGUAGCUGAGGAUGACGCAGUGGAUCAAUUGCAUGAAUGCAUGCGAGUAAUCUUUGAUAGUGAUAUAAGAAAAGAUAAACCCUUUACAUAUCAGCAUUUUUUAUCGAUACGUAUGCUAAAGAUUGUGGCAUUAGAUUCUUGAUUGCUAUAACAAGCAAGACUUGACUUUGAAAACAGUUUGUAUUCUUAAACCGUUAUUUGGUUGGUUUUUAUUAGCUUUUUUUUACUACGUGGGACUCUUAUCUAUGAUGGCCAUAUAAGAAUUUUGUAUUAUUUGAUUGCCUUUAAUAACAAAUAGUAUUUGAUGUACAUAUUUAUGGUCACCCAUACAAAUACAAUUUUUUACUGUGGUUGGUGAUUUGUGCUCAUACAGUUUGUUCUUCAUGCAAAAAGGGUUGUUCCCUUUGCCCUUGAUGGUUAUAUAUGGGCUAUGAAAAAAGACAGCUAUGAUUUUGCAUGGGAGGGAAAAUAAGAAUGUUUAUAAAAAGGGAUUUUCCCUGGCGCUCUUUCUUAUGGAAAACAAAAUGAUUUUGCAAAGUAAGUGUACAUUGAGCUUUGUGUAUGUGUGUUACUGUUUCUGCAGCUGUAUUUGAAGAGCUCCAGAUGGAGUGAGUGUAAGAUUCCCUGCUGCCUCACAUCUGAGCACCACUGCGUGUGAGGGCAUUCGUUUACAUUUGUGUUACUGUGUGCUCGAGUUUAUGUGAAGUCUGCGUCAGGCGAGGCCUUAAAAACCCUCUAAUACAGUAUGCUUUUGUCAUACUGAAGCUACUUCACUUCUGAGUGGGCUUUUUUGACAGUUUGCUAUAAAAGUAAAUCUUUGCAGCAGGGUCACAAGACGGUCUGAUGCCAUUUUUGGUACAGCCUGGAACUGUGUGUUUCUAUUUAUUGUAACUCUAACUUCUGGUUAUGGCCAGGCUAAUUCAUGCCCUGAUCUGUGUGGUAAGACAUUUGUUUGUCCUGACCGCUGUGUGUUUAAAUGUUGUCACUGUGUUUAAAAAAAAAUGAGGCUGAAAAUGUUUUCAGUAUGCCAAGCUGUAUAGUCCAGAGAUGUACAAUUAUUUACAGUUUUUGAAACUUCUGUUUGGAAUAAAAAAUGCAUGU